AUGGCGAAAAUAUUCCCUGAAAUAGACAAUGAUUACCUAAAGUUCUACAAGAAGGGGUUCAUCACCAACCUUGGGUUCUUCGUCAAAGCAGUGCAUGAGAAGGGCUCCGUGCUUUACAGGGAUAUCGAGAAUGAUGACAAAGAAGUCAGGAAAGAUGUUAGACUUAAGUAUAAAGAUGAGCAAAACAUUGCUGGAGUUGAAGUCAAAUAUUCAGGAAGAGUUGAAACAGACAAGAAGCAAAAACUUAAGUCUUCUUGGAACCUUAAAGAAUAUUUUGAUAACUCUAGAAUCGACCACAACACGAAUUAUGAUAAAACAACACAAGAGCAUAAUACCUCUGUGAGGUUUGUUAAAGGGACUGAGGAUGAAAGCCAGGUAGCUAGCCUCGGAUUCACUGUAGACGAGAAGAACAAAAUUGACCUAGAACUAUGAUACUCAAGAACUCUUACGAGUAUUUUAACCGUGGCUACUCAAAUAGAUGUCAAUCUUUCUAACUUUUCUCUUAGGCAAACAUGUUUUGGGAUUUUAGUGCAUCCAUUCUCGUGGCUGAACACCUGGAUAGUGCAUAAUACUAAUGGAAAAUUCCACCCUGAAGCAGAUUGGCAAGACAACACAAACCUAACAGUAAUGAACAGAAUGUCUCUUGGCGAGAAAACAGAACUAGCAUUUGAUUUAAUGCACAGGAAUGAUUUUGAAUAUCUCCUAGGAAUUGAGUCAGGGUUUUCAGAGAAGUGGAAAAUCAGGUCCAAAAUAGGCUCUCUUUCAGACUUCGAAGUCUCCAUCAGAUACAGCCCGAUCUCUAAUCUCUUGCUCACCUUUGGCUUGAGAGGAGAAUACGAUGAGAACAUCGAGAAGCAAGGCUGAUCUAUUGGGUUUGGGAUUGAAGCUAAUUUUGACAAAGAUCCCCCGGAAAAUGAAACAAGUGGCUAAAAAUUCAAUAUCGAA